AUGACGAUGACAAUGACAGCAGUGGUGGCGUUGUCCCCCUCCCCAGUGCCCAGUGCCCGCCAAGUGCCACCACCGCCAGUGCCACCACCGCCAGUGCCACCACACCGCCAGUGCCGCCGCCGCCAGUGCCACACAGUGCCACCUCAGCCAGUGCCACCAGUGCCACCACCGCCAGUGCCACCAGUGCCCACCGCCAGUGUCAGCCAUGCCACACAGUGUCACCACCGCCAGCCAGUGCCACCACCGCCGCCAGUGCCACCACCCCGCCGAGCAUCCCUCCCCUCCGGACGCGGCCGUAUCGCCGCCCCGAUCUCCGCGCAAGAGAUCGGGACACGCGUCGAGAGGAGCUUCCUCGUCGCGAAUCCCUCGAAUGGAAAUGAAGACCCCGCCACAGCCACAGGACCCCGCACAGGACCCCGCCAGCCACAGACCCCGCCACAGGACCCCCGCCAACCGCCACCGCCGCCGCAGAGAGCUCAGACACAUAACUCCGCGCAGGAGAAGCAGGAGGGCCGAGGCAGGGCAACGCUCAUACCGGAAACCACGACCAACUUCUGCCAUCCUUCUGCAACGCCGCACCGAUCUUUAGGCCUUAUUCUGCGCCUCAUUCCAUACUGCAUAGGCCUAUCUUUUAUUACUGCUUGUACUACUCCUAUUUAA